AUGGACCCACGCCGGAGGUACCCACCGCCAAAUCUCGAUGUGUCUGCUGCUGCUGGUCCUUCGAACACUCAGCCGGAAUUUCUUAAAACAAGCAUUGCAAGAAAGUCGGGAGGCCCUGCAGCAGCACCUUCUCAGCGUGAAGUCUUCACCGAUAUCCAUCGUGCGGUAUCGAACAAUACUGUACUAAAUCUUUCUCAGGGACGAGAUAGGGAACCGAUACGAGUAACCAAGGUGGCCCACGGCGCUGCACAAAGGCGAGAUCGCAUAGAAGAAAAUGUUUAUAGAGGUAUCACUGCGCGAAAGGCUGCAUAUUCCAACACCUCUUCAAAGCUUCCUUCUUCGUUCACAUACAUCGCUCCCCUCCUCCAUCGUCCUGCCCGUCCGAUCAAAUCAGCGCCCUUGAAGCCGGCAUGGAUGGCUCUUGAAGAAGCUCAUACUCCCGGUUCCUCACGUAAACGCGUAGGAAAUGAGCUCUCCAGUCGCUCGGCUUCUCGUAUAACAGCCGUAAUGCCCACACCGAAGCAUGCAGAACCCACUCCAUCCAAGCAGUUGUUGGUAAAACGACCUGGUUUCAGAAUACCGAUGCCACCAUGGGAUGGCUUUGUUGUCGGACCUGACGAAUCCUCUUCCGAGUCAUCAGAGGAAGAAGUGCAUGUACCAUCCGGUGGAAAGCCACCAAGAAUGCAAUUAGCGACCAAGAGCGCACGGAAAACGGCUGCUUGGUCACAUAUUCCAUCGGGUGAAUCAUCGGAUGAGGAAGAAGAGACUAGUGUGAGCGGCCAACAAUCAAGGAAAAACUUAUCGGCCACUAGUUUUCGCAAGUCAAGGGAAGGAGCAUCCGAGAAGGAUGCACCGAAAUCCGCACCAAAAGCAGAUCCAUUCGACGUUAUCGAAGGGUCCGACUCAAGCUCGAGCCCUGCAACGGAGUCUGCGAAUGGCGAAGAAGACGUAGAAGAAUUGAUGGCCGCCCUGAAUGCUCUUACAUUACCGACAGUGCGACUCAGGGAAUAUCGGAGGCUGCCAUUUCUCGUACGGAACUUGCGACGUGGUUUCAGGCACCGAUGUCGCCUCGCCGGUGUCCAAACGCAACCCGUGCAACCACCUCCUGCUCCCAUCAACGUCUCGUAUAUAUACCGUCCGGACAACGACGAAACUUCCGAGGUACCAGAUGGAGAAAGGGUGGACAACGAUGAAGAGCGAGUGGGUAAGAUGUAUCAAUGGGAAUGCCCACUAUGCCAGCUCCAUGGUCAGUUUAACACCCGAAACAUGCUCACUUUCCAUCUGGGACGCGACCAUGACGAAGUAAAAUUCACUUGGAGAGAAACACAAAUUGAUGACAUCCAAUCGUUGACACUGAGUCUUGUGAUCCCUGAUAUUGACUCUCAAGAGUCCGAGUCUGAGUCGGAAGAUGAAGACGAAGAAAGCGCCUCACAGGAUGUCAGAGCGGGCAUGCGAGCCAGUGAGGCUCGCGUGGAGCCUGAACGGAUGUCACCAGGCCCCGCUGCUGUAGCUCAACUGGCUCCCAUCUCAUCUCUAUUCGAUGGUCCAGCUGAAAGGACUACCAUUGACCUCACGGAUAUUCCCCCUUCCCCAGUUCUCAUUCCGAAGAAGUUUCGUGCCGAUUCCCCUACCAUCAAGACUGAAGCUCGCCAGCCCUCUACCGCUCAAGUGAGAAAGCAAGCGUCUACUCGAGGUUCCUUGCCCGAGCGCUAUCCUACUCCUCCGCCUCCCUCGGAUCCCUUGGCGCCAGCUGCACAAUAUCCUUAUCUUCCAGACCAAUCCGAGGACGGCGAAGUUUACUAUUCGUGCCGUCCGGGCGGGCCUCGGAUAUUCGACCUUCUCAAUACUCUGCCCUUGGAACCGUUUGGAGUGUUAUCAUGGUCAAUUGUAGAAAGAGAAGAGGAACUUUUUGAAUUAGACGAUGUGCGAGACGAGGACAAGGUCCUACUAGCUCUCUGGAACAGAUGGAUCAUGCUUAACCGGAUAAGCUUUGUCUACAAAGGCUAUGCUAAGGGAGUAAUAGCUUUCAUUGACAAAUAUUGGCGGAUGAUCCAUCGCGCUGCAGGCUGGGGGGCUCUGAGAGGCUUCCUUCUGAUGCUCGUGGCGAACAAAUUCCUUGACGUAUCGGAGGUUGUUCGGAUCCUGAAGCAUUAUGAAAACCACACUGGCAUGGAGUACUGGUACAAAGACGACUGA